GCCCCUUCCGGCUACGUAAUCCAGCAAGAUGGUGGCGCCCAGUGCGUCCCGGCAGCUGGUGAGGCCAGUGUGUAACUGGGGAGCCAGGAGUAUCCAUGGCCUGAGCAGUGUGCUUGCCCCCGAGGGCAGUCAGAAGAAGGGGUGGACACUGCUACAGUCCCUGAGCGAUCGCUUCUCUGAUGUGAAGUUCCUGAGGGAAUACCUGCUUCAGAGGCAGAUAACGAGUGUGCACAAGAAAAACAGGUCCUUUGCCCACCUCCAGAAUCACUAUGGCCCGGACAUCGCUGGCGCCUGUUUCAUCCUGAAUCUGGGAGGCUCAGUCAAGUUCCAGGGCCACGAGUGGUUGGGCUUAAAGGGGCGUGGCCGCUCCUCCCUUGACAUCAAGAAGCUGCAGGCAGUGCAUGUGGAGGCCGUGGACGCCAGUGGCUGUGCCAUCAACUACCAAGGCCUGGACAACCUCAUGUCCCUGAAGGCACUCCAGUCCCUGUGGCUGCAGCGCUGUCCCUACAUCGACGACUGGUGUCUCAGCCGCCUCUACCAGCUGGCCGGCUCGCUGCAGGAACUCUCACUGGCUGGGUGCCCCCAAGUCUCCGAGCGGGGCCUGGCCUGCCUCCACCACCUCCAGAACCUCCGCUGGCUGGACAUCUCGGACCUCCCGGCCGUGUCCAACCCCGGCCUAACGCACAUCUUGGUGGAGGAGAUGCUGCCCGACUGUGAGGUGGUGGGAGCUGGCUGGGCCCAGGAGCCUUCUGGGGGCGCAGCCACCCCCUCUCCUGCCUGUGCCCCGGCCCCCUCCUCCUCCAGCUAGGUCUCACUUAGGCUGCAGGUAUAGACAGGUUGAACAUCACUGGCAUCCUACCGAUGGAAAGGCUGAAGCAUGGUGGUAUGGACAAUGCCUGGACUGGCUGUUUCCCGUGUUCUGGCGCUCCCAGUGGGGUCCACUCAGCCUGGAGUCGGAGCAUAUUGGAGGAGGGAAAGCCCAGUAUUCCCUACCUCGGGCUGCCUGGAGGUGGCACCCCCAAGUUCAAGGCUAUAGCCCCUGCCCUCCUGUCAGGCAGCCUCUUCCACGCGCCUCCUUCCCGUCUCCUCCUCUUUGACCUGGGGUGGGAGGUGAGGGCCCCUAUUACGUAGCCCUCAGAGCUGCAGGCUCCCUGGGGGUCCCCCCAACUCUGCACUCCUAGGUUUGGCAACUCUUCUCUUGAGCACCCUCACUUGGCCUGUGCAGAAAGCUGCUCCCAUCCAUGAAGGGCUGCUUAUCCCCAGCACAGUGUCCCUGGCCCAAACUCGCCAGGCACCAGGGCACCUCAAGUCCCGUGGUGUUGCCUCUUACUGAUUCACUGACUCUGGCUCCAAGCUCAACUUCCUGGAGCACUCUGAAAAGUGAUCUGGAUUCUUCUGUGCCAAAUGUCAUGGCCAGCUGCCAGCAGAGGGCGCCAGGAGGCGAGGCUUCCUGGUGCCAGCCAGGGAGGUGUCACUGGGCCUGUAGGGCUGGCACCCGGUCCCUGAGUACCAGGAGUACCAGGCACUCUAGUGAGGCCCCUUACCAGUGAACCCGUCGUUACUUCAGUUUGCUGGUACCCUUGGCUAAUUCGGCAUAUUAAACUUG